GCCCGGAGGUCAUCGGCGUCAAAGCAGAGGAGAACAACCCAAUGCGAUGAUGCAAGACAGCACAGCUGCUCCGACGGUGAAACGCAACAGAUGAGCAGAUAGACACAGCUGCUGCUCUAUACCGACUUACGAACGCAGCUCUGGAUAACUGAAAAGAAUGAACACAAACGACGCGAAGGAAUACCUCUCCAAACGACAGAUCCCACACCUUUUUGAGAGCAUGUUAACAGGGCUGAUGUACCACAGGCCCGAGGACCCUUUGGCAUUCUUGGAGAGUUGCCUGCAGAAAACACGAGACCUCGGGGGUCCUGAAUGUGUGGCCUGGGACACUUUCAUUACACCUGAUCGAAAACCUCUACCACCAAUCACCCCAGCACAGGGAAAGAAAACCCCCUGCAAACUCGACAGUGGUCCUGGUCCAGGCCCUGGACCUUACCGUCGAUAUGACAGGUUGCCACCAAUCCAGGCCCAGUUCUCCAUAGACAGUGACUCAGACAUGACAGAGUCCUCAGGGCUCAUACAGGAAUAUGAUGUCUUUGACCCAUCAAAACCACGACCACACAUUAUAUUCAUUAUAGGUGGACCGGGCAGUGGGAAGGGCACUCAGACAGCUAAACUUGCACAUCACUAUGAUUACGAGCAUGUGUCUGUGGGGGAAAUUUUAAGGAACCAGCUGUUGCAUCAUGCCCCCAGUGACAGGAAAUGGGAGUUGAUUGCUCAGAUCAUAGCCAACGGAGAACUGGCACCUCAGGAGACGACUAUUGAAGAGCUGAAACAUCAGUUUAUCAAAAAGCAGGAUGCUAAAGGAUUCAUUGUGGAUGGAUUCCCCAGAGAGAUCUCCCAGACUUUCACCUUUGAGGAGCAGAUUGGCUCCCCAGACUUGGUGAUUUUGCUUGCCUGCUCCAAUCAGCAACUCCGGCAGCGUCUAGAGAAAAGAGCUUCCCAGCAGGGCCGUCCCGACGACAACACUCACGCUAUUGAGAAGAGACUAGAUACUUUCAAACACAAUAUCACACUCAUAGCCAAGUACUACCAGGAGAGAGGACUUAUUGUAAGGGUCGAUGCUGAUCGAGAAGAAGAUGACAUUUUCACAGACAUUUGUACCAUUGUAAAGGAGAGAUUGUUCCCUAGUGACACAAAUGCAAGCAGUGCUGAAGAUCUUUAGAGGGACGUCUAAACAUCCAAACAGCUGCUGCCAUUAAAUCCAAAAUGUCAAAAGCAGCCUGCCAAACAUUUUAUUUGACCAUCAUUUUCCACCAAUAAACUUAUGGGUCAGAGUCGAGGAUCAGGGAAAAGGGUCAAGGAAGUAAUAUAAUAUACUGUAGAAUUUACACUUGUUGUUGCCUCUAUUUGUACUUCACUGUGAAUCUUCUUUUUUGCAGUAAUUGAAUAAGAAUGACUUUUUAGAGCAGAACCUAUUUUUUUUCCCAACAUUUUGUUUCUUAAUUUUAAUGUUGUUUUGACUUGAUAUUAUUAAUGUAUAUUUGGAGCUCAAGCCAGAAAUAAUGUGAGUUGCUAAAAACGCAUAAAAAUUAUAAUGCAAUAACACAAUAACAAAAUCAAAUGUUUUCAAACAAAUUGACUCACCUAUUCCUGCAAAAACAUUAAAAGGAUUAAAUGAUUACUGAUAAAUAACUCAUUUACUUAUAAACACAACAUUUCUGGUUUUAUCUUACUCCACAAUAUAAGCACACUGGAGAGAGACUAAAAUAAUAAUAAAAUAAAUAAAUAAAGGGGGAGAGAGAGAGGUGCUACAAAAGUGUCCUCGGGCUGUGUUCUCAUUAAUAAAUAUUCAUUCCAGCUGUGCCAAUUUUUCACAGUGAGACAUCAGUGAACACAGACUCUCUGCCCUUGCUGACAGACCUUGUCCUUGACCGUUCACUCAAGUGCCAAAAUAUUGCUUCUUUAAAUACUGAGGAGUCCUGAAAUGUAAACACACCUACUGAAAGAUGAUACACAGAAAUUAGUGGAAAAACAAGUAGUAAAAGUUUAUUAAACAUCAGUAUCUAUUUCAUGUUUUUCUACCCUCACAUUGCUUGUGCAUUUUCUGGACAAAAAUUCACAAUUGGGCCACUAGAUGGCAGGCUUUUAUUCCUUAACAAUAAUUUGUUCAAUACCCUCACUGAUUUGAAAGCGUUAACUCACAGAUGUCCACAAUUAUACCCUGUUCUGCCUCUUUAAUUCUUGACUUUUGAGUAUGUAAACAGAUUAAUAAAAAUAAAAUCUUUAAAAAAAUUGCUUGGAAAAACGUGAGCUCCGAGUAUGCUUUUAACUACACUAGAUAACAUUAACCCUAAAAAGACCACGGUAUCUUUGUUUGGUGCUAAGUGUGUUUAAAAUACUGUGUUAUAAACAGCAACACUGUGAUGGAGUUCUGGUAUGUGCUGCCUCUCAGAAUAGAUCCACCCUUAUCACCUGUCUGGCAAAUUACUAGCAGCUUUUAGUGGCACGAUAGGAGACUCCUCUAUACUUGCACAAAAUACAGCUUCAGGUUUUCUUAAAGUAUAAAUUGAAUUACUGCAUCUACAUGUGACAAAUGCACAGUAAUCCGUAUGUUGUUCAGAAAAAUCUCCUCUUUCGUGUUCUGGACUAACAUAAUCAGUUUGCUUUUGGAUGGUUAUAGAGCUUAAACCGAAUAAUAUCACCUUUGUGCAAUUUUUUACUCUUCUAAUCUGCUGUAUGUUCUUGAACUUUUCCCCUCUUAAUAAUUAUUUUCUUUCUUCUGAUGAACA